AUGCUCAGGCGGGGAAUCCUUGGAACCAGCUUCAUCUCUCACACCGUGGUCAAAGCCAUUCAGAAGAGCCAUGGUUCCUGCAUCACAGCCGUUUUCGGCCGAGACGAGGCGCGGUUGAAGGGCUUCGCAGAGAAGUACAAUAUCACGAAAAGCUUCACUUCUAUGCACAACAUACUUGACGAUGCCGACGUUGGCGCCUUCUACAUUGGCCUGCCCAGUCACCUCCACGCCACGACAGCGAUUGCAGCUGCGAUGCGAGGCAAACCCGUCUUGUCGGAGAAGUCCUUGGCGACCACCAUGGGAGACUCGCAUGCAAUGGUUGAUGCCGUGCGGGAGGCCAACACAUUUUUUCUCGAGGGGUUGAUGUACCUUUCUCACCCAUUGAUGACAAAGGUGGCAGAGCUUGUCAAGUCUGGCGAAUUGGGCACCAUCUGUUCCAUGUCAGGGCACUAUGCUGCCAACAUCGGCCAAAAGGCAAACCCUCUAGGUAAGGGUACUAUCUAUAACCUGGGUUGCUAUCCUGUCUCUCUGGUCCAUUUCAUUAGCGAAACAGCCUUUGGAAGCGAAGCGUUCAGUGGCCGCCAAGUACUUGGGACUGGUAACAUAAACAAGGACGGUGUACACAGUGUGCAAGAUGCUGCGCUAGCUGUGCGAUUUUCCAACGGCGUACUCGCCACCAUACAGUCUACAGACAGCUUUGGCAACGACUUUGCCUUUGCCAUCAACGGCUCUAAAGCGUCUAUGCGCUUCAAGACCAACCCCUGGCUACCACUGGCUGGCGACAACAUCAUCGAGAUCCGUCAGUAUGGCGGUGAAACCAGAGACAUCUAUGUUACUUCCGAGCUCGACGCAUUCGAUUGCCAAGUACGAGUAGUUGAGAAUUGCAUCAACGCCGGCCUGAAGCAAGCCCCAAGACCAUCACCAGGCUGGACACAUUCAGUAGAGAUCAUGAGCUUAUUGACCGAGUGGGAAGACCAGAUUCUAAACUCUGUCUAG